CAAAAUAGAGGAGAUCUGAAAGUUGGACGUGGUGGGCGGGGAGAAAACCGGGGGAUGGAGACUAACAACGGGACGGAUAAUACUGGUCUCAAUGUCACUGAGGCGAAUCGCACGACAACACCUGUUUUCAGCAUUGGCUCAGAUUUCAUGACAAAAUGGAGAGUGACACAGCUGCAGAAACAACCGAAGCAGGUCUGCCGGUAUGUAUACGAUCUUCUGAGUGCUGAAUGCACUCAACUCAAUGGCUCUUGGAUUGAUCCAAACGAUCCACGCAUGUUCAGUGGCGAAUACAAUGAACUACUUCCCGAGUGGGCUGCUAGUAAUUUUAGUAAUAUCUCCAAUUCAUCGGGUGUAGAGAAAGCCUGGACUACCGAUGAGAACGCUCCGCCCUUUGAGAUGUGGCAGACGGUGUUGAUAGCCCUAUGUCUUGCAUCAUGCAUUGUCCUGACAAUUGGUGGUAAUAUUUUGGUACUAUUGGCCUUCAUCGUCGACAGAACCAUCAGGCAACCGAGCAACUACUUCAUUGCCUCGUUAGCUGCAACUGACAUGCUUAUCGGCACUGUAUCUAUGCCCUUCUACACCGUCUACGUGCUAAUGGGCUCGUGGGAUCUGGGUCCAUUGCUCUGUGACCUAUGGCUCUCUGUGGAUUACACAGUAUGUCUUGUAUCACAGUACACCGUCCUUUUAAUCACCAUAGAUCGUUUUUGCUCCGUCAAGAUAGCCGCUAAGUAUAGAGGUUGGAGAACCAAGAAUCGUGUGAUAUGGAUGGUUACGAUAACGUGGAUUAUCCCAGCACUUUUAUUUUUUAUCAGUAUAUUCGGUUGGGAGCACUUUGUUGGCUAUAGAAACCUCAAGCCGAAUGAGUGUGCGGUACAGUUCUUGAAGGAUCCAGUAUUCAACACUGCCCUCAUCAUUGGUUACUACUGGACCACCCUUGUGGUCCUCUUCAUCCUUUACGGUGGGAUCUACAAAACUGCGUAUGAUAUGCAGAAGAAGAGUGAAGCAAAGCAGAGGAAAAUGCAGUCGAUGGUGGCGCUGAGUGCCGGUGCCAUGUCAGGAAUGGCUGGUCGAGCUGCUGGGAUUGGAAUCUCGAAGACCCAGAGUACGAUGCUCAGCCAGGACAAGCCUAAGAGUAGUAUUGGAGGUGGGACACUUGGGGCCGAGGGUAACCCUGAAGGUCAGGAAGAUGACAACAAAGACGGGACAGAUACUCUGAACGUGAGAAAGUCCUCGUCACAAUUGUCACAGAGUAAAGACUCUUCUAACAAGCCGACUUCUAAUAAUACCACCCAGUCCGAAAUGGAGAAAUCUGAACGGUCCAGCAGUCCAGCAUUUGAUUCUGAUGAUGAGAGUACAGCAGGUGCAAUUACAUCUUCCCAACAGGCUGCUAACUUGAGGAAAAAGUCCUCAGUGGCAGGGCUGAUGGUACAGGCUGGUGCUCUCCAUGCAUUCGCCACCAACGGGAAGAUGAACGGCAUCGUUCCAGUGAAGGUGGAGAUGAAUCCUCUUAUGAGGAGACCCUCGCCAGCAACACUGGAGCCUUCAGCAGCAAUGAAAACCCACACACUGCCGAAGAUCCAGGAGAACAGUCUCGUUGAGACUGAAAAUCUUCUUGAGCACUCCAUCGAGCUCGACAAGUCCAGCAGCACUUUAACACCAGAGCAGUCCCUUCGGUCCAACGUAGUCGAGGUGAAUCGUUGUAUCGGACUCAUCGAGGAAACACCACCUUCAGAAGUGAAGAACAAAAGCACAUCAUCAAGCAGUCAACAGAUAAUCAUCUCUCCACCAACACAAUUCAGAGGUAGUUCACCAGCAUCAGACAGCCACACAUCAACAGCAUCAUCGACCGACAGACCAAAGUCCCUGUCAACAGGUGGCCCAGGUACGUACGACAUAUUGACUGGUCUGGAUGGUGCAGAUUUGAGAUACAUGGACGAAAGUUCUGUGAUCGUACCAAGUCCAUCCUUCGAAAGUCCACCAUCAUCCUUUUCCUGUAGUCUUGCUAAUCCUUUAUCAACAGCUCCAUCAUCACCAUUACUGGGACACACUGGUACCUCAGCAGCUAACACCAGUUUGCUACAAGCUGCCCUUAUAAGAGCAACACAACAGCAAACUGGUACAAUCCAACCAUCCAAUUAUCCUCAAUUCAUAAAUGCAUCCUGUCAAACUCAUCCACCACGUGUUUUUGCCACACACCAUACCAAUGCCUCAUCACAAACUUCCCCCAUAGUGAGCAAGGUGAACACCGAGGUCACUGUUAAGGAGGAUACCAAACGACAACCAGUUACCACUGUUGUCAAUACACCAAUUGGAUCGUCAAACAGCACAACGACUGAUCUGAAAACGAACAAUCCACCCCAGUUUUCAUCAUCGAGUAGUGCUGCGCCAACUGUUGUUCCGGCAGCUGAUGUAUCCUCGACAACUGAUCCUAAGAGACAGUCGAAGAAGAAGGAGGAUGAACAGGAGGAAGGUGGUGGCUCUAGGAGGGACUUUGUCAAAUCAAUUGGAAAGAGGUUAAAAGCUAAAACAGCUAAGAAAGAUCUGAUGUUUGGUCGACAAAAAUCGAGGACAGAAAACCGUGCACGUAAGGCUUUCCGUACUAUUUCUUUUAUCUUGGGAGCUUUCGUUGCCUGUUGGACACCGUAUCAUGUUAUGGCAUUGGUUGAGGGAUUCUGCACCCAUCGACCAUGUACCAAUGAGCAUCUCUACAUGUUUUCAUACUUUCUCUGCUAUGCCAACAGCCCUAUGAAUCCCUUCUGCUAUGCUUUGGCUAAUCAGCAAUUCAAAAAGACAUUCACAAGAAUACUCAAGGGGGAUUUUCACAUGACGUAAGACAUUAGUUUUAUCCUUUUGUAAUUGAGUGAGCCACACGUCAAAAACAAAUGAAACAUUGAGGGAAAAAUUUAUUAAACACUCUUUUGGCACAAUAAUCAAACGAUAUCGUACAUUGGGAGUAUGGUGUAUGGACAAUAAUUUAGUGAAGUCUUUUUAUUAUUGUAGUUUUGUAGGUAAAUCGUGAGUAAUCUGGUUUCAUUAAGAGCAACAGAACACAAUAUGUUCGAUGAUUCAGCCUGUAAAUAUAAACGAGGUAAGAGCGAGUGAAACAUGUUUCAAGACCUAAAAUCAAAGGUGUACAUAAUGUAUAUGUAUUGUGUGUAUAUUUCUUUAUUAAUUAAAGCGCCAAAGGACGCGCUAUUACGUAACACUGCAACCGUUAAUACCAAUGAUUAAAUCGAUAAUUCUUGUAUAAUCCCAUAAUGCUUUGUAAUUUAGAAAUAAUAGGCAUGUAAUAAUUAACGUAAAACUUUGAUGAUUACCGUAGUAUUUGACAUAACUGUAAAUUAAUUGUAUAUUAUAGCUAUCGAGCUUUGUUAAUGAAGCUCGUUACGAAAGACGAAAAGUGAAAUAGACAUUUUGUGAAUGCAUUAAGAUCUAAGCGUUUGUUUAUGUUGUGAGAGAAACAAUAAUAUCUUCAAAUUUUAUCGACACAUUCUCACGAAAAUCAUUGAGAUUAUCACGGAUUUGGUGAUGGUGGAUCAGCUGAUCCGAAAUCUUGGUCUGUAUGCACUGCCGGUUGUGGCCUACCUCGAAAGGGCCUUUCUCUUCAUCAAACAAACGAACUUCCGAAAUCCGUGAUCAUCUCGACGACAUGUGAGAGACAAAACAAUAAGUUAAACAGAUGAGAAAAAACGAACAACAACAGACCGUAUUGUUUACACACAUUGUGCCACACGUAGGUGUCAUCGAGGAUCAAUACACGGUAUGUAACCCAGUCACUGCUCCAUUCUUUUGUGCAUUUGUGAUAACGGUAGGUGGGUGAAGAAAGCAUUCCACAAAUGCAAACUGUUCAAGCCUGGAUGGGUAAGUGUUGAAGGGCUGUGGAUGAGUGCCUCGCCGGUUCUGAGCCCCAUGACGGCCAGGCCCUCACAAUAAUCUCUUUCACACACUCCCAUCGUGGUUGAGUCCUCCACACACAACAACUUUUACGCUUAACAUCUCACUCCAACGGGUGAAAAAUCGAUAAUAGAUGUAGAACAGUAAUGGACCGUGUAUCACUGUCCCAUCCUUCUUUUCAUUUACCUUUUGUGGAAUAAAAAUGCUUAUAAUCGUAUUAUGCUGUUUCAAUGAUAUUGGCAUACACGUCCAAUGUGCAGAAGUGAUUACUAGUUUGAUCAGUUUCUUGUUGUUUUCCUUCGCUGGUCGAAGUGUCUCAAUUUAUAUUUCCUUACAUUUUUUCAUUUAUCAUUGGUCGGAGGAUUCCAUUAAUGUAGACAUUGUCAUGCAGAAUGAUUCAUUUGGGAAAUGUCAAUUGAAUCGAUCAACAAUUGUUAUCGACUCUGUUGUAAAUAUCCGUAGACUUGUAGUGGAAUGAUGUGCAAGUUGUUAUAUUAAAGGUAUCAAGUUGUUUAGACUUAUUAUAUGCUGUAGGGGGUGUAGAGUUAUCAGAUUUAUUGAUUAGAGCUCGUAGUUGUAGGCAGUUUGUAACUCGCGACAGCGGCGAAGCACCAUGAUGAGCCUAUAGGUAAUGGGUAUAAUGUCAUUUUGUUAUGAUUUAUGGUUAUUGGAGGAAACUAGCGUGGGUGAUUAUUGAGAGAGAUGGGACGUUAAGGGCUAUCAUUUUUUAUCUCCAACUCUACCUCAUUAAUCGAAAAAAAAACGGUAUAAAGUAUGUAGCCCUGUUAUCUUUUUCAUUCAAUUGAAAUUGAAAAUGAAAAAUGGGAGAAAUUUUAGUUUAUAUGAAAAAUGUAUAGGAGAGAACAAAUGUUUUGUUUCCAAUUCGAUAGUUAUUGGUUAACAUAAGAGACAGAAACUAUGAAAAUAUAUGUGUACGCAUAUGUAAGACUGGUGAUGUUAAUUCGCUACUAUCUGGCCUAAAUCAUUCAAAUUUACAACGCUUCCACGCUUCACUCUGCGUAGCCGUGUCACCAUGAUAAUUAAUACAGUGAGAGUAUGUACAGUAUUCAAACGUAUAUAGAUUGAUGAGAAGAUUAAAUCAAAGAGAAAAAAUAAUAAUUAAUCAAUCAAGUCGAUAAAUGAAAUGGAGAAUGACUAUGAGAAAUGUCUAUGUAUCUAGAAAUAUGUGUAAAUAAUUGAGAACAGAAUACUCAGAUGCAUGAGACAAUGUUUUGUGCGUGCUUUGCCCGACAAUCUCAUGAGACGCAUAUAAAAAUAGAGCAAUUAUUAAUAAUAAAUACAACCAUUUCAUGUGAUCGGGAGUACUCUGGGAUACUUGUAUGAUUUUUUUCCGUGCUAAAGAUGGAUAAUAAGCCAGGUUCAAAGUAGUAUAAGCUCCAAUAUUAUUCAUAUUUAUUAAUGAAGUAGUCAUUGUUUUUCAUUUGUAAUGCAUCGCAGGAUUAAACUGUUAUAUACUUAGAGAAUUCGGAAAUGUACGUGAAGAGGAAACAAUAAAGUAAUAUGUGAUGGAGAAAAAUGGAAA